GCACAUUAGCUAAGCGGUGUGAGUCCGCCCCCUGCUUAAAACUCAAUGGAAAUUUCCACUCUCUCUUCUCAUAGCUAUAUCAGCCCGGCGGAGCACACGGAAUCAUAGAUUACGACUUGAAACACUCCUACAGAAUAACUACUAGUCUACAAGACAAUAUUUUGGACUCUAUUCAUUGAUUUGACUGAAGAACACUUUGGAUCUACAUCACUACAUUUUACACCUCUCUGUGAACUUAUUUCAAAGUCAUCAUGUCUCAGCAGCAGAUCAGCCUUCCAGCCAAGCUCAUUAAUGGAGGUAUUGCUGGCAUUGUUGGGGUUACUUGUGUCUUCCCCAUUGACUUGGCAAAGACCAGGUUGCAGAAUCAGAGACAAGGUCAGCAGGUCUACAAGAACAUGAUGGACUGCCUUAUCAAGACAGUUCGAUCAGAGGGGUACUUUGGCAUGUACAGAGGUGCUGCUGUAAAUUUGACCCUGGUCACCCCUGAGAAGGCGAUCAAGCUGGCUGCUAAUGACUUCUUUAGACAUCACCUCUCCAAGGACGGAAAGGGCCAGACAGUGUUCAAAGAGAUGCUGGCAGGUUGUGGGGCAGGCAUGUGCCAGGUUGUUAUCACCACCCCCAUGGAAAUGCUCAAGAUACAGCUACAGGACGCAGGCAGACUUGCGGCCCAGCAGCAAAAACCCGUCAUGAUGUCUCCCACCAAGCUUGUGGCCACUAACACCAUGCUCAGCCGCUCCUACAACUCUGGAACGGUGGCCUCAGCACCACGAGCUGUGUCUGCCACACAGAUAGCAAAGGACCUCCUCCGUACACAAGGCAUCCAAGGGCUCUACAGAGGGCUGGGGGCGACACUGAUUAGGGAUGUUCCCUUUUCUAUUGUCUACUUCCCGUUGUUUGCCAACCUGAACCGCCUUGGCAAACCCAGUCCUGAGGAGUCGUCACCCUUCUAUUGGGCUUUCCUCUCUGGCUGUGUGGCAGGUUCUACUGCUGCUGUGGCGGUUAACCCCUGUGAUGUGGUGAAGACUAGACUGCAGUCACUGAACAAAGGGUCCAGUGAGGAGGCUUACAAUGGAGUUGUGGAUUGUGUAAGUAAAAUAAUGCAGAAGGAGGGACCCUCUGCCUUCCUGAAAGGUGCUGGCUGUCGAGCUCUGGUCAUUGCUCCUCUGUUCGGCAUUGCACAGGUUAUGUACUUUGCUGGCAUUGGCGAAUACAUCCUGGACAACUCACCUCUAAACCUCCUUUUGGCAUGAGAGCAUAUCACCUUGCUGGCAGGCUAUGCAUAGGACCAUCUGAGCGUAAAUGGUGGAACAACUGGCAGCUACAUACCAUCAGUUUACAGCAAAAGAAAAUCACACGUCUUGUCCGACUAAGUCAUAAAGGCUUAUGAAGACUUUUGUGUGGUCUGACAGCUGUGUUGCACUCAAACACUUUUGUGACUUAUUCAGUAGGUUAUAGCCAAUGUUUGCACUUGAAGCGGUUAGCCUUACUGGGCUGGGGGACUUAGUGUUAUUCUUUCUUUGUCCUUGACAGUCCUCUUCUGUUUCCCUCUGUGAGGGAGGGGUGCUCACUCCAUCAAAGAACCAGACCUAUUUUUAUGUUUUCUUCCAUACUAUCACUUUCCAUAUUGUUUAUGCAUAUGCUAGUUUUAUUUUGAAUUGCUGAAUGCAGCAGCUUUGCAGUACUUUGUAUGUUUUGGCUUUUCCGUUUCUGUCUCAUGUUACAAUUCCUUCCAAGUUAGAACAAAGGUUUAAAAGGGGGGACACAUGGGGCCCAAUAUAACAAUUCAUUGCAAAGGGAUCAUUUCACAUUAUCAGGUUGAAUAACAUUGAAUUCCACUGAUCAUGAACCAUCCUACUGAUAUGGGACCAUAUGGUCUGCCAAACCAUAACCGUGUCCUGUUAUAUAUUUGAUGUUAGUCCUAUAGUUGUUAGUAGUCUGUGAACUGCAGUGUUUGUAUCUUAAUACCUGCAAGAAACUUGAGAUGCAUUCAUGCACACUAUGUAUGUUUGUCCACAUAAUCUCAGUUUAGACAUACAUUACAUAUGCAUACCUGAACCUCAAAAGACUUUAUUUGGUUUAUGCCUUGACAGAGCAGACUGACAUUUCUCUCUGAGUAAACACUCUUAGCCAAAAAAAGCAUUACUGUGACUGAGCGAGAGAAAGAUGACUGUUACCAUAUGUUGUGUUUGUAAAGGCUUUUUGUACAUACUAUUAAAAAUUUGCAAUGUACUCA